CUUCAGACAGAUCCAUAUUUUACCCCCGGGUGGAGACACUUGGCCUGGGUAAAGAGAAACUCUCAAGAGGGGGGCUCUGGAGGUGUUUCACACACUGAAAAGAGAGUGUGGUGUGUGUGUUUGCAUCAUUAGCAUAAUUAAGAGUGACUGCUGAGAGCGCACAGACGGGCUUGUGUUGGCACUCCCCCCCGAAACUCCCGGUUUGACAAAUUAUGUGAAUGAAUAAGAGGAGAGGCGUAGCUGGCUCGACAGAUGGGGUCAAACGGAGAAGAUAAGGGACCUGUGUGAGCGUUCCGGGACUGCUGGCACUCUUACAAUCGCUGUUUUUGGGCCGUGGUCCAACUAAAACAUGUCCACUUUUUUUUCCCUAGCGUAGGAUCACGCCAAAGAUGGUGGACUAUUGUGUCUUUUGUCCUUGUGUCGCUGUGUUUUCCUCCAGCUUAAAAUGCUGAGUGGUUUGGUAAGUCUUUGGCUCCCGCGAGUAAGGCGAGGUUACUUCGUGUCAUUGGAAUCUGCGCACAAUAAUGGACCCAGACCCCCCUUUUCCUCCUUAACACCGGCUUGUGAACCCCCCUCUAGAAAAAACUCUGGUUUAAUCGACCCCCUACCCCUUUCUCCCUUCUUUCCCCCGACUUCUCUCUGUCUUCUCCUUCGUCCCGUCAUCCAUCCUGGUACAGCUGGGUCCCCUACACGCUCAGGAGCUGUCAGUGCUGCUAAAUGGUUCCCAGAAGAGGAGAAAUAAAAACACGAGAGCUCGAUUCAAACUUCUAAAGGAAUGCACCAACUCCUUGUAGUAAGCACUUUACCUCUCUCCUCCUCUCUCUCUCUCCUUAUUUGUCUCUCUCCCCUCCCUCUGUACCUCUCUUUCUCUCUCUCUCUUCCUCUCUGAUACAGCGUCGUUGCCAUGGCACCGCCUGCCUGACUCAGUACAGCGGUUAAAACACGGUCACUCUCCGGCUUUUUUGGUGAUGUUCACUCAGCAUAUUGGUGCGCGCUGGCUAGACGCAGCCCCACUCGGUUGUGAGUCUUCGCUGCGCAUAACUCAACUCGCGCUCUGUCCCGGGAUGAGACCUCUUCACCAUCUGUGAGGUGGGAACACGCGGGGCGGGCGCACGUCGUCUCACACACCUGCUGGAUGGAAAUAGAUGGAGGAACUUGCGCCGCAAUCGAGCGAUUGCUUCACCUCCUCUCGUGGUCCACGGGGGAGCGCGCUUGUAAGCUGAUUUAACCCGGGGGAUGUGAAUACCUCUCCGGGAUUAGAAGGUUAUUGGGUGAACGACGACAAUGCCCCGCGGCUCGGCCCGGCACUCCCGGCUAUUGUUCGCGCAGCGGCGGACGCACGGUGCCCGGUCUCCCUCGGAUCGUCUCCUCUAGCUGUACCUCGCCUUCCCGGUGUGGAUAAGGAUAAUAUGACUUCCUGGCUCCUCACAUACGGCAGUGUCCCUCUGUAUCUCGUGUUGGUGUCUCUCUGCGCAGUGGAAGCCUCCGGUGCCGGUGAGUGGAGCCUCAUUAGGGGCCAAUUACAUAAUUUCCCAGCAAUUAGCCCACAUCUUCAAUCAUAUCAAGCACCCUUCUCAGCCAUCUGUGCGCUCUGUGGGACUCUUAAAUGUUUCAUGUCAGGGAUUUUAGGAUUAAAUUCCCACACAGCUGUCAUUCUUACAUCUUUUAGUGGGAUUUUCAGUAUUGAAGAGAAACAUCCAGCUCCAGGGAACACUCAUCCUCUUGUUCCAGCUUGUAUUGAUCAGUGCAAAUUAAAAGUUAAAUGCUUCCCCCAUUCAAGCCUCCAGGAUGGCUAAUUGGGUCAGAGCUGCUUGUUAGUGGGCUGUUAGUGAUGCUGGGACCUGCAGCCUUUCUCUGUCCCACAUUCCAGCACUGAAACUGCUCUGGAAAAUAGGAUCCCAGGAGAUAGAUCACGCCAAUGAAUCAUUAACCCCUCUACUUGUAAGCCCCGGGUCCGUUUUGUUGCCUUUCUCUCCUUGUAGCAUCUUCAGAUCCUUCAUCACAGCAUUAAAGUACCUCGCCUGAGGGAUUUGUCACUGUGUCACUCCAUUAAUUCAUUUGUGCACGUUUAGCACUUACUGAUUGACUCAUGAUUACACGUCUCCCCCCAGAGUGCUUGUGUGUGUGUGGGUGUGUGGGAAAAGAUCCAUUGCGCCACUCCAGCGACUCAAGCACCUGUUUCCACACUCAGGAGCUGUCUCCCCCUCCUUGAUAGCCAGUGAAUACCCUCACAUGAGAUGCUAAGUGCUGCUUUCAUCAUCAAAAAGUGUGCAUGAGAUCUUUAAAUGUCCACAGGGCCUCAGCUGCAUGGCUAAUGAGUGUUGACACACACAUUCUUUCAUAUGCUAAUCACAGAUUCCUCAUUUCUCUUAUACUCUCUGGCUGUCUUCCUCCUCUCCUCUUCCAUUCUCUGCCUCUUCCUUCUUUGUCUCUCCUCUUGCAGGUGACAGUGCGUGCUGGUCCCCUACCAUCACUUCUUGUGCUGAGUGUCUCAAGCGAGGCCCUCAGUGUGCCUGGUGCUUCGAGGAGGUAGGAAUGUGUUUUAAAAGUGUGUUUGUGUGUGUGUGUGAGAGAGAGAAAACGAGAACGUGGCGGACAUUCAGCAGCAUUCCUCAGAUGACACACGCUCUCAGAGCUUUGAUGCCAUCCGCAGAUGUGAAUAUAAUGUGUAUGUUCGGGCUUAGAGGCCUGCCCUGUGACCUGAGUGUGUGUGUGUGUGAAUGUCUCCAUGUGGGCUUUCUCAUGAGACGGAGCCGCUCUCUAUCCAUGUGUUUAGUCUGGGCCCUCACACAUAUCACUGCGCUUCUCUCAAAGUGUGCAUCUGCCGCGCCUGUCGCUGUUUGUCUGUAUCUGUCUCUGCUUUCCUGGUGUCAGUCUGUCUCGUUAAAAGACCACCCCAAAAAUCAGACUUUGGAAGCUGUAAAUCCUACACACACACACACACACACACACACACACACACACACACACACACACACACACACGGACACACACACUAACUUGAAAAGGCAGUUGACAUGUGUGUGUUUACUGACUUCAGGUGCUUUCCCAUCCUUUGAACUCUCACCUUAUCUGACAUCAUUAAACGGGGCCUGGAUCAGUGGUGUGUGAAAGCAUUCAGACACCACCUCUGUAGCCUCCUACACACACACACACACACUCACACACACACGCAGCAUCACAGAGCUAUGCUUGAGAAGGCAGAGAAAAUUACGCAGGUACAGUGCUUCAAUAAUACGCUUGUUCAAUUAUUCCCCUCGACCUUCAGUUUAGUUGAAUCACCCUACGAGGAAAGUCCGGGGAAACCGCUGUGAAACUUUUUCAAGACAUUAAAAGACAAAUUACACCCACAGUGAAAGCCAUAAAUAAAACCAAUUCAGUCGAGCUCUCAGCUACAGCUACACAUUUACUGCCACAGCUUGUAUUUAAGGCUGUGUGCUGUUAGUCCCUGUGCUAUCUCUGCUUUAAAAACCCAUACUUACAAACAGGGCUAUUUCAUUCUCCAGUGAAGCAGCCUCACAGCAUCAUGUUUUUUUAACCUUAGUUUACAGAUUCUGCUUAAAAGUCCAGAAUAUGUAGGGGCAGCAUAAGACUUAUGUGAUGUUUGAGUUUGUGUGUUACUCUUUCUGUGAUUGGUGUCAACAAACAGGGAAAUAGUCAGUGUAGAGCAUAAGGGCUGAAGUUAAGCAUCCGUGAACCCAUCUGAGGUCAAUCACUGAUGAUGUAGCUGCAGUAAACAUCCUUAAACUGACAUCUGUAUGCAAGUGGAGCUCAUUACACUCUUAGAUAUCAUCUCCCGACAUUAACUCCACCUUAUUUCUUAUGUUGCCGGUGGAACUGCGAUCAACGUUAACUCCUUGAAAAGGAAAAGCUGUGGGCUGAAUUCCUUUAGCACCAAACCUAAGAGGUUGUUUGUCACAUAUUAGUUGAUUAUGUCCUUUCUGAAUGCACAUUAAAGCUCCUGUAAGGGUAUUUUUGAUGUUUAUGAAAUACACUGAUAUCCAUAUUGAUGUCUUUUUAUGACGUGCCAAAAAAAAAACAAAAAAACACGACCAUUUGUAACAAGAUUGAUUAUUUUUAUUUUGUAUUUUUAAUUCCUUAAACUGGUGCCAGGGGGUAGAUGUCAGCCAAGUAGCUAAAGAGGAGCCCUGUAUUUAUAAUUUUCACAUAAAAUAUUCACAGUAGAUGAUACAUUUGUCCUUUAGUAUGAGCAGGAUGAGCCAUUUUGUCUAUAAACACUACUUGACUACACCAAAGACAAGAUAAGCAGAGACUGCUUUGUCCACAGGGGGCGCCAACAUUGACCCAAACCAGAAAAAAAAAAAUGGUUAAAGAGCUUCACCAAUUCAACUUUUUCCAGCUUCCUGAUGGCCCUAAGUGCUCAUAUCAUCUUUACCCAUUCAUGAAAAGCACCCAACUACCUGUUGACAUCUAUUAUUCAUACACAUAUAUUCACCAUGCCUUUCUGAGGGGUACCAAUUUAACCUACAUUGGACAAUUGCACAUAAAAAAGCUGAUUACACAGUAUAAGCAUGUAGGAGAUGAUGUGUAGAGAGCAGGUGGUUAUGCAGAUUAAAAUUCCAACAAGGUGAGCAGCUCCGUAAAGCAAAGAGGUUCAUACUGAUCUGCGUAUUUGCAGUGAAGCAGCUGGACUUCUGCCGGAGCCUUUCCCCUGACGUCUCUGUCCUCUUUUAGCUCCUCUAUUCUCUGAGCUGAGCAGCUGACACACCUUUAAAUAUAAAUGAGGGAAGUGUCAAAACUUUUUAAACUGUUGCUAUUAUCUCUGCCGCUCGUGGUUUGGGUUACUUUGUAGAAUUUGGCAACUUCAGAGAUGAACUCAUCAGCUCUCUUUUAUCUGAAAGGUUGUGGUCCCAGCAGCUCCUCAGACUGCUCUCACAUCUGAUUCAGUAUUCUGUCAUAAUUCUCCAACUCUCAGGACAAGCCUUUGAAAUGGUAAAACUAGUGAACAAGGAGGAUUCAUUUAGCUCCUGACCGCUCAAAAGGCCUUAACAUUCCAGGUCACCUUCAGCCACAUCCAUACGGUCAGCAUGUUUACCUGUCAUUCAAUUGACAUCAAUUCACGAUUGAUUUAUUGUGUUAGUUUAACUAAAACAGCACUGAAUCGAUUUUUUUUCAGUCAGACCACCAUCUUCAGAUAAUGCAUCUGGGGAUCUCCCACAUAUACGCCUUAACUGGACUGAAACUGGCCUUGGCAUGCUCUGCAGUUCCCACGGCAGGCAUUAACCAUAAGGAUAGGAAACAAAACCUUGAUCGAAAAUGAUAAAGCUGUUGUAUCAGCGAAGUUAAAGUUAAAGAGCUGUGAAGUUUGUCAUCCUCUUGCUAAUUGUUUUGGUAUUUGACAUAGUAGGUCAACCCAAUAGGGACAUAUCAUCACCCUUGAUUAUAGUUGGCAUUAAAAAUAACCAGCUUCUAGGACUAUCCUUUAUAUCACUCACUCCUUUACAUUUACUUCAGUGAAGUUGUAUUUUCGUUGGUUUAGUUUGCAGUAGCUGAACUUUUGCUCUUGAGUUGUGAAAGUGUCUGUGACCCUGUUCUAGUUUAGUCUGGUGCUAAUCUUUCCAGUGUGUUUGUGGGAGUGUUUUUCUUAUAUGCUGCAGUACCAAAGGUCGCUAAUCCACUACACUAAAGCCGCAAGGCAUGACGCUGUUUGGGCUGGUUUGCAACAAGAAUUGCUCAGUGAGGACCUGAUUCAAUCAGAUCCUUUCAAGGAAGAAUUGAGGCUAUUAGACUCGUUUUGUGUAUACCAGAGCUGCUUCUUUCAUUGAACUUCCCUUCACCGGCUGAUCAGAUAUGCAAAGUAAGGUGACUUGGCAAAAAACAUGAAACUUCCUCUUCCACUAAACUGAUGAGUAACUCUGGGAUCGCAGCAGGGAUAGAGAUAGGUCUGAUGUAAGUGCAACUACACCACGCUUCAAAACAAACAUCAUAAAAUGAGAGAAAUAGAAACUGAAACCGAGGGGGCUGAUACUGAAACUGUGUGGGAGGGAGUGUGUGAGAUGUGUGUGUGUGUGUGUGUGUGUGUGCGUGUGUUUACUUGAGUCUCUAUACUUUGCCAAAAGGCAGCUUUAGAUAUUGACCAUUUCAAAGUAGAGAGGAGUUAACAGGCAAACAGGACAGAAAUCUCUAUUUUUUUUAUUCAUGGCUGUAUUUUUGGAGGGUUUGUUUCAUAGACUCUAACGUGGCAUCCGAAUUGACCUUCUUGUUUGUGACACUUUGUUCUUAUCCUUGAAAUGGGAUUAAAAUGAUAACAUCUUCAAAACAGCUCAGCCGUGUUAUCUUCCCAGCUGUCUGCUGGAUUGUUCUUCUCUGUCUUGUUUGGGUAUUUGGGUUGUUUUUCAUGUUUUACUAAAGCAAAAAAACAUUUUUAAAAAGAGACUUGACCUUCCUAAUGUGUCGUCUAAUCUGCAGGACUUUCUGGAUGGGGCGGGCCCGAGCCAGCGCUGCGACCUGCCGGAGAAGCUGCUGAGUCGAGGUUGUGGCCCAGAGUUUUUGGAGCAGUCUGAGGUCAAGGUGGAGGUCAAUGCCACCAUCAGCAGCACUCAGGUGUCGCCGCAAGACAUCAAAGUCACCCUCAGACCAGGUAAAAGUCUGUCACGUUGUGGAUCUGAGACUCAAAACUGUGGAGUAGCUUUGAUUUAAGUUAAGUUUGAGUUCCAAUGUGUGAUUUGUGAGGUUUUACUUUGACUCAGGUUCAGAGGCCAGCGUUGUGGUGGCUGUGAAGCAGCUGGAGCGUUAUCCUGUGGAUCUUUACUACCUGGUUGAUGUGUCGGCAUCCAUGCAGGAAAACCUUGAUCAUGUAGGUGGUCUUUUGCUAAGCUGAAAUUUAUUUUCAUCUCAACUGUAACCUGGGCAAAAUUUCCACGCCUUACCAAAUGAUCUACAUUCUUGCGUCUUCCUGUAAGCUUUCUGUAUGUGCUUUGUUGUUAAACUGCACUCUUAUUCUGACGUAUAUAUCCUUUUCUUUUCUACCAUCCUAUGUUCCUCCCUGAUCCAGCUGAAGACGGUGGGUGUGGCUCUUUCGCUGCGGAUGACAGAGCACUCCUCAGACCUCUGGCUGGGUUUCGGCUCUUUCGUGGACAAACCAGUCUCCCCUUACAUCAACGUCCACCCCUCAAAGAUCAGCAACCCCUGCAGGUGAGACAGAGGAUCUGUUAUUUGGGGUGUUAAAUGCUUCGAAUACUCUCUAAGUAGCUCAUUAGUGGAUGCUCUAUCUGCUGUAAUGAAUGAAUAAUUUAAAUCAGCCUCAUUAUAUUCCACGGAUAGUUUCGCCUCUUUUAAAAAGACAAGAGGAGGUGUGUGAUGUUUAAAAAUGCAUCUGAGGAAUCUGCACUUAAAAGUUCCUCCUAAUUUUGUGUGGUUUUGUACGGCAAGAGCAGGAACUUAGUCAUCAUGAACUUUGCUUGAAGACAGUUACUAAUUUUGAGGAUCCAAGUCUUUAAACUUUCCAGUAAAACCUCUUCCCGCACCAUCUCUGUCCCCCCAGUGAUUACGAGAUCCGCUGUCGCCCGGCUCACGGAUAUCACCAUGUCCUCAGCAUGACCGGAAAUAUGAGCGAGUUUACCCGAGUGAUCAAACGCCAGCGGAUCUCAGGAAACAUGGACACACCGGAGGGAGGACUGGAUGCAAUGCUGCAGGCUGCUGUCUGCAAGGUGUGUGUGUGCACAAAAGCAGUUAGUGUGUGUGCAACAAAUGAAUAUGAACAAAUGUGGAAAAUGUGUGAAUAAGUUCAGAAAAAUGAGGGAUCACCCCUUCUUGGUGGUGAGCUCGCCUGCUGGUGAAAGAGGGUUUUAUUGCAGCAGUCUGGUGGCACUCUGACUCAGCAUUCAGUCUUACCCAAAGAAUCUCAGUAAGUAAUGACACAAGUGCUUGGGUAUGACACAAACACACACACACAGAGAGGCCCACAUUUGGUUACACUAUGGCUGCAGGAGAGCUGUGAAUCACACCAUGCUGGGGGCCCUGAGUAACCAGUCUGCAGGGAAACCCAACAGUGGCCAAGACUCCAGAAAUAGACUCUCCACUAUGUCAGACCCACUUAUAAACUCAGUGGGUUUCCUUAAAUACACACACACAGACUCACACAGACCCAUUUUCUCACACUGUCACUGACGAGUCAGACAGAAGGAGCCAGACUCUGUGACGUGGUGGAGGAAUUCUUCGCUGCUCCUCGUUUAACAGAGCGUUACAGAAAGAGCUGAUCACCAUGAGAACUAAUGUGGUUCAGAUGAGCAAAAUGUUUGAAUUUGCGGUUUCCACCCACAUGUGUAAAUCUCUGACAAAAUAAAGCAUCGGCAUAUUUUUUGCAUCAGUCUGUGUGAAAACAGCUGACUAGUGAAUAAAACUGAGAGGAUAUAUCAAAGUGCUCCCAAAACACAGAAGACAUUUAAGAUUGCUUGCGAUGCUCCUUUGGUUUCAUGAGCAUCAAAUUCUGGUUUGGAAACCAUCUCUUAUAUUAAAAAAAUGUUGUCUCUCUCUCUGGCUGUAUCUCUCUUUUUAGAGAGCAGUGGGAUGGCGACCGGAGGCGAAGCAUCUUCUGCUCCUGAUGACUGAUCAGCCGUCUCACCUCGCCCUGGACAGCCGGCUGGCAGGGAUCGUGACGCCACACGAUGGUCUGUGUCACCUGGAAAAUAACGUGUACAUGGGGAGCACAAGAAUGGUGAGAGGAGAGGAAAAAACUGAGCAACCAGGCUUUAAAGAAACCCUUUUACUGGGUGUUUAAUAUGCACGGUGUAAAUACCUCGAUGAUCAUUGCAUCCAGAAAUAUUCCACAAAGGCAGAUUAAAGCCCCUGUGAGUAGAUUUUAACUAGUUAAGAAAUAGACAGAACUCAAUACUCAUAAGUUUUAAUGAGCAAAUGAGACCAUUAGCGACACAGCUGGUAGUUCUUAUACUGGUAUUUCUGCCACAGGGUAAAUGUCGCACAACUUCCUGUUUUAACAACUUUCUCACAAAUAAUCUCUCUUUAGGAAAAGUCCCUUACAUGAUAUCAUGUUUUCACCUCAUUAUCUUGAACCUAAAGCAUCACAUUUAUCACCAUACUUAUGGAAAACUUAAAAAAAAAAAUGAAACAACACAAUCAGUUAAAUUCAGGAAAAGCAAGCAAAAGGUAGAGCAACAUAUUCAUAAACUUUACUAAGACACGGGAUUAACUUAAAUGUCAUCAUCCAUUUCUAACGAUGUCCAGAUUUAUGAGUUAUCCACAUCACAUGAAACGAUUGUUUUUCAUGCUUUUAAAAGUUCUCUCUAUCUUGCAUUUUUGUUGCUUUUUUCCCUGCAUUAUAUUGCUAUGCUUUUAUUUUGAAGGAGACUACUUCCAGUAGAUCCUAAGUCAUGGAACCAAAUGAAAACAGUCAAUAGAUGCAUCCAUAACCUGAAGAGGCACAAGCUUUCACAGUUAAUGUCAGUCUUUAAAAGUACUUAACCAUCUCUGAGAGGUGCUAUGGCUAGCUCACUAGCAGCUACCCCUUUUUAUUCGCUGUUAUAUGAUGUGUAGCAACCAGCGGAAAUCAAUGAUUUAUAUUAUCCUAUACCUUAUUUAGCACAAUAUAAAUAUUUUGGAGUUUUUUUUUAAAAAGAUGUUUAUCAUCAAUACUGGGAUAUCUUGACAGCCCUGGUCCCUUUAAACUCUAUAGAACAAACAAGGUAAGUGUUAAUCUGCAAGUUUUCCAAGUUUGGUAGUCUAUUACAUCUCUUAAAAACAACCUUAGAAUUAACAUUAUUGAUAAUUCAGUUUCUUUAUAGCUGUAUGAUGCUAAAUUAAAUAUCUUUGCCUGGUGGGAGCCCAUAAUUGUUGGUUUUGGGCUUAUUUCUUCUUUGAAGACUAAACAACAAGUUAAAGGAUGUCUUAGCUGCAUCUAAAACAGGCUGAAAUUAAUCCUGAUUAUACAAUACCUGUUAAAAAAAGACAGUUAGUGUAAUGAUCAACUACUUCUAUAUAAUGAUUGUGAAAGUCUGGAUCUGCACACAGGGGGGUAGGUGCAAGGCAAACUCAAAGCUGCUGAUCAAACUUUAAAUUUUUUUUUUUCCAUUAUCCAGAUAUUCAAAUGAACUUCUCUGAAAGUAAUUGUUAGUUGCAGAUCUAUAACCAACAUAUCUGUCACUUUAAGUCUGGAGUGGUCCAUAUGGACUGCAGAAUAAGGGAUGCAUGUUACUUGCAGAUGUCAUACAGGCUGUUAGGUUUGCUGGCGUGUGUUCUUACAGUGAUACAUGGCAAAGAUAUGCUGACCUCAGAGGAACAUGAGUCUGGUCUGAACCUUAUAUGGUCCAUCAGAGCUACAUUAAAGAUUUUAUCUGCCUCUUUUUCAGGACCAUCCCAGUGUGGGGCAGCUGUCUGAUAAGUUGCUGGAAAACCACAUCUACUCCCUGUUUGCUGUGGAGAAGCAGCAGUACCAGUGGUACGAGGUAAACUCUUCCACAAACAUCAUAUGACCUGAAUUUUGAGCGAGAAAGCAAAUGUUACGGCAUCGCAGUGUUUUCCUAACCUCCUCUCCUCUUGGGUUCUCUAGGAGCUGGUGCGCCUGCUGCCUGGCUCAUACCUGGGGAAACUGGGCCUCUUUCAGGCUCCGAAUCUUAUAGAGCUGGUAGUGGACGCUUACAAGGUAUAGAGCACUUCUCAGUUUUACCUGCAAGUUUUAAAGUUAACUUCUUUUUGCAUAUUUUUACAAAGAGGAGGACAAAAACAAGGGAAAGGUUAGAGAGAAGAAGGUCAGAGCUCUGGGUUGUAGCUGUCGUCUGUUUUAGUCAUGGGAGCUGAACAACACAUUCCUGUUUGCAGAAAGAGGGCCUCACUCUGGGCUACUGCAUGUUCCUGGAUGUGUGUUAUAAUUAUGCACAAAAGUAGGAGCGACUGUGCAGACUGCUAAAAAGACAAGCCCUUGUAAUCCAAACUUUGAUUCUGCCGUUUAGAAAACAGAUGACAGGCGAAGUUUUUGGUUGCUGAAGGCCUAAUGAAACAGAAAAAAACAGAGAUGAGAACAGGAGGUUAAGGAGGGGUGAGGCCUUCACUGUCUGUCAGUGUGUGUGUGUGUGUGUGUGUGUGUGUGUGUGUGUGUGUGUGUGUGUGUGUGGUUCGUUCAGCUGGCAGUACUCUAGGCUGUAAUCUCGCCUCAGGCACAACGCCCCAUUGUUUGCUUCGAGAAUCUGCCGAAUCCACAGAUCCGGGUGCACACACACACACACACACACACACACACACACACACACACACACACACACACACACACACACACACACACACACACACACACACACACACACUAUCGCACACACACACGUACACAAGCAGCAGCACAGCCCUGAACAGAAGCUUGCAUUAUAAAAGCUAUCAGAUCCCCGCGGAAACCAUGUGUCCUAAUCACGGAUGAAAACAACGAUGCUAUUUUCGGCCCCACCUCCUUUUUCCCAUAAUACCCCCCUGUAUUUCAGAAAGGAAGAAAGGACGGCAAUGAGGGCUUUCUGGGGACAUGUGACAACUUAAAUUAAUCACACUUCUUCCUUUCUGUAUCUCUGUCAUGCUCGUUACUGUACAUACACUCUUACAUAUCAUACUCAUGAAAAUUUAAACUCUUCUGUACUUCUCUCAGCUUUAAUCUCCUCAAAACAGCAUCAGACUCAAUAUUGCUCUCCCAUCCUCUUCAUGCAGAGGCUGUUGUCGGAGGUAUCAGUGUCAGUGGCAGUGGACGACUGGGCAGUCAGCAGGUACUGGGUGUCCGUAUCCCCCAUUUGUCCUGAUGGAUCUACAGCGAAGAACCAGAGCUGCUCCGGGGUGCAGCCCGACCAGACGGUACACUGACAAAUAUAUCUAUGCACCACACACACACACACACGCACACGCACAGGUUUAACACAGCAGGAGGAUUAAAGGGGGAAAAGUGUUACAUGUGUAAGUAAGCCUCAGGGGAUGUCACAGGAUAUUUAUUGGUUGUAUUGGAUUACUUUGACACAUACGAUCACACUCGCACAGUCACUGCCGAGAGCUCUACAAGGAAGGAAAGAUUUGGUAAAUAAUCCUGGCUGAGCGGAUUACAGGCUGUGUUUAACAGCAAAACAUUUCCAUGUGAUUCUAUGACCUUACCUCGCCAAAUAUGACAGACUUCAGGCUCCAAAAUAGGACGUUUAUAUAUAGAAAUAUGAUCUUUCUGCUUUUGAACCUAAGGAGUAUAUUCAUUUGAGCCUGCGCCUAUACAAAACCUCUUUAUCCGGUCUAUACAGAACCCCCUUUUGGUUUUAAUUAUAACAUCUCUCUUUGGAAACGUUCCUUCUGCUCACUCCCUAAAUUACAGAUGAGAUAUCUGUCCUCUGUAACCUUUCAGGGCUCUUAACUGUGUCCAACACUGAGAUGCUUAAUCGCAGCUUCAUAGUCACUCCAUUGUACAAAAAAAGAUUGAAGUCCUUUAAUCCAUGGGUGGAUUAAAGUGAAUUACUGAAAGUCCCACACUUACCAGAAUGGAGAUAAAAAUCAAGUGGAAAGCCUGCCUGUGAAUUCAGAGCUCUGGGAUGCAACCACACCAACGGAAAAAAAAUAUUCAUGGUUAUUUAACUCACAUUUGUAUUCAACUUCCCUCAACUUUGUUAUCUAAGACUGUCAGAAUUGUGCUGCAAGAGAAAGCUCAUCUUAAAUUCUUUCUUUUGGUUGCAAGAGUAGAAGAAAAUUACACACUUUGCUGCUGGAUCUCUAAGCUGGGUCAGACCACAAAUAAAGGACUAUUACACAGUUUUAUGUGCUGUCUUGCCUUAUGUGUAUACUGAAUCUGCCACCGUUUAAAAUAUGAACUUUUACUUUGUCUGUUAUCCUAACUUUAAUUGACUUCCUGUGUAGGUCUACUUCAAUAUCACGAUCGGCCUGCACUCCUGUCCUGCUGAUGUUGAAGAUGAACACGUUCGAGUCCUGAUCCGACCCAUAGGUUACAAUGAAUCCACGGUGGUCAGGAUCCACACCAAGUGUGGCUGCAGUUGUGGACCAACGAAGCGCUGCCAUGACGAAAGCCAGUCAGCAUGCAGCGGGACACAAGAAGGGUUCAGUGAGGAGCAGAGGAUGAACCAAGGACUGGUUAUGAACUCAAAUAGAGAUUCAAGCUGGAACUGCAGAGCGAAGGGGUCUGACGUGGACUGCAGCGGCCGAGGAGUGUGUGAGUGUGGGAGGUGUGUGUGUGAUCAGAGCAGACUUGGGAUGGUGUACGGGAAACACUGCGAGAAAGAUGACUUCUCCUGCCCGUAUGAAGGAGGGCUGUUGUGUGGAGGUAAAGGACGCAGACUUUAAAAAUCAAUCUUUAGAGUCAAUGACGCAGAUGUUUAAUGUGCACGGUGUGUUUAAGCCCCUCUCUUCCUGUUUCGACCUUUUCCCAUCAGGUCGAGGCGUGUGUGUAUCAGGUGAAUGCGUGUGUGAGGACAGCUGGACAGGUGAUAGCUGUGGAUGUCCUGUCUCCUCGGCAACCUGCCAAUCAGCCAGCGGUUCGAUUUGCAGCGGGCGGGGGAGAUGCGUGUGCGGGGAAUGUGUGUGUGACGACCUCCAAUACUCCGGAGACUUCUGCGAGAGGAAUCUUGCACGCCAAAGCACCUGCCAAUCAUACUGGUACUUGUCGGUUUCUGUUCCAACACAAAGCAUGAUGGGAGUUCUCACGGAUCUAUUUAUAGUCGCAGCUGACACUGAUGUCUUCUCUCGCAGGAGUUGUGUUGAUUGCCAUGUGUCUCACAGUCUGACUCAACGAGAGGCAGGACUCUGCAACAGUACCUGUCCUCCAUCUGUGGGCUACAUGGACGAUGUAUCAGGUACAUCCAGUUCAGUCUACAGCGUCUGCUCUGACCACUUUUACACUUUUUAUUUCAGUUAGCUUGGAGGUCAUGGUGUUCUCUCACAAACUGCUCCAAGAACAGACUUUAGAAAAUAGUGCCAAAUUACACUUUAAAACAGUGGUUCACAAGUUGGAUGUUUCCCUGCUCCAACACACCUGAUUCAAAUGAUCAGCUUGUUAUUAAGCCAUGACAGAUCUUGAUAACGAGCUGAUCAUUUGAAUCAGGUGUGUCGGAGCAGGGAAACAUCCAAAACAUACAGGACAGUGGGCCUCGAGGACUGGACUUGCAAACCACUGCUUUAAAGGACCUGUAUGUAAGCUUAGGGGUGUCUAUUGUCAGAAAUGUAAUUUGAUAUCAUGUUCAUCAAAUGUGUUUCAGUAUGUGUAAAAUAUUUGGGGUUUUCUACCUUUGGAAAUCCCCAUCUUUCACUGACUAUCCCCAUGAUGAGGAGCUAUUUUUCUUUAGAAAGAGACCAGAAGGCAGAAGUUCACAUUUAUAACAGAACAAACAGGAACAAUAGUCAUUCAGCUUAAUUUAAACGUCAUUCAAAGCAAGCACAAUCUUACGAUGGAGUAUUAAGGCCACAUAAAAAAAAAAAAAACAAGAUUUCAAGAUUAAAGGCAUUAAUUUAUGAGAAUAAAGUCAUUACUUACGAGAAUGAAGUCGUAAUAAAAUCAUUAUGAUACUUAUGCUAAUGUGGUGCUGAUGUGCCAAAAGAUUAAGUAUCUCCUUGUUUGAGAAACCUGUAUUGAAGUACAUUUUCACGAAACGCUCCAUGGCUCUCAUUUCAACAACUGUCAUCUUAAACAACAGGUUAGAAUAUAAGGACUUUAAUCUUGUAUGUAAUUACUUAAUUACGACUUUGUCCUUGCAAGUAAUUACUGUAUUGCAACUUUAUUCUCAUUAGUAAUGACUUUAUUCUCGUAAGUUAAGGACUUUAAUUUCGAAAUCCUAAUUUUUUUUCUUAAUGUGGCCCUGAUACUCCGUCACACAAUCCACCCUCUACAUUCUAUAUCACAAUAAUAACAAUGACAAUAUAUGAAGAAAACAAUUAAAUUAAAAAUAUGAGACCAAAAUCAAAACUCACAGCUCAUUUGAUGCUUCAGCUGAUAGUAAAACAUCAUAAUAUAACAGAUUUGACAUAAGCCAAUAUCAUCAACUAGCUAGCAGCUGCCUACCUGUUUCAGGUAGUGCUUGUUAACUUUCAUGUUUAGUCUAUUACAAUGAAUCCUCAGAGCUUGAAUGACCAAACUGUGUAGCAAAGUGAGUGAGGGCAGCUUUUUUUCUGAAUGCUUUGGUUUCUAUCUCCUUUAAACUGAACACCGCACUUGCUGACAGCCCAACUUGUAAACAAAAAGUACAUAUUUUCCAACCUUAUAGAGCUAAAGCAAACAGUUUAGCAAACAGUCGUCCGUGUGCACAUUCAGCAGACGUAAACAGCAGUCAUUUCCGUAGCCUGACUCUGACCUCUCCCUGUUUAAAUCUGCUCAGUUAAACACAUUUGACUCUUUAGUAACAAAAUGUUCCUCUUAGUUCUGCAGCUUGUCCUUCACUUUAUCUGCUCUCUGUUUGGUGCUGGUCUGGCGAUGUAAAGCUUUUAUCUAAUGUUAUUUUCAGCUGCAGAGAAACAGACGGCUGUGGCUGGAAAUAGAUUGAAUCUGUAGUAGUAAUUUGAUCGCUUGCAGCAGCCGUAUAAAAAUAUUGACCCGAAAAGCUUUCAGGUGAGAACUUAAGACCCAUAAAACACAGCAGCUUUUCUGUAAUGCUCCUCUCAUUGAUUCUCCUGUUUUUAGAAGUCCUGGAGGAUUUUCUCUAAGGCUCAAAGCUUAACAUGUCUGGACUGAAAAACAUUUCAUCCAACUUUCUCUCUGUCUCCUUAUUUUCAGGAGAGACUGGAGUUCAGUGUAUGUACAUCAAUAAAGACAGCUGUCACUAUCGGUUUCUAACCAGCUCACAGUCCGGUCAGACCCAGCUCUACAUCAACAUGAGACCAGGUAGUGUAAAUACACACACAAGCACACACAAACACACACAUCCCUUAUUCCAGGUCACUUCCGCUGCUGCCAUUGCCCUGGUGUAUUUGAGUCAGCAGGCCUGCUGUCAGUGUUACAGCUGUAUUUUACAUUUCCCCUCAGCUCCCAGCUCACUUUCUUCAUUUUCACAGCCUCACACUCACUCACACACACAUAAAUAAUUUAAAACCCACAGGUUCACACAUGGUUACAUACAAAAACACGAUUACACGUCCAAGUGUUACAGUUCAACCCCGCCUCCCCAAGUUUUGGAACAGCGGAGCUCAUUGUGCGUCACCCCCCUCCUCACCACCUCCACCCACCUCCAUCCCCCUCCUCCACCCCAACGGGACACUCUCUUCCUGCUCACGCCCACUCCUCCCGGGUGCAGCGGGAGCCAGGUCUCCAUGGUAACCGUGUUACAAAAUGUCAGAGCACUCUUUGGGCCCUUUGUGUCGAGCGUUGAGUCCGUCAUCUGCACAUGCUCCCCAGCAGCUGACUGUGGAGUGCAGCAUCACUGGCACAGCUGCCACUGGCCGAGCUGUGGGCGAAGUAUCCCAGGACAUUCACCAAACUGAAAAACUUUUCAGCUUUCAGAGGCAUCUCGGUUUCACAAUAUGCUGUUUAAAAAUUCAUGACUGCUAUGUCUUUGGAGCUUACUGCUAAAAUACCAGUUAUGUAUUGAUGUGUACGCCAGCCUGACAACUUUUGCUUGGAUAGCAUACUGAGCGUACUUUUACAUCAAUACUUGGACACUUUUUAAAGUUCUGCAAAGUUCAGAUUUUGCACAAGUGACUUAACUUGACGUCUUUUCUUAUUGUUGCAGCAAAAUUUUGUCAAGUUACAGAUCUGAACACAUCUUCAACUCUCUUAUGAAGUAUGGCUCUGGUUUCACCAAGAAUUACACAGCGUUUACCCCCUGCUACAUGCUUCAUUUCACGAUCUAGUACAUUGUACCAAUGAUAUUCAGGUGCAAACAUGCAGAAAAGCUUCUGCAGCUCUGCACACUUUGCUCCAGUUCUAUACAAGCAGCAACCUCCAGUCUUAAGAAGUUCAGCCUAUGUGAAAGUGGUACAACUGCAAUUCCCAAAGUGCCUUGACUGCAAACCCCCUACACACCCCUACACAGACAUGUUGCAGUCGUGCUCAAAGAACAGUGUUGGUCUGAAUGGCUCAUUUUUGUCUAGGCACACAGAGUACGUAUUCACAUUAAUGAUAUUUGGGUAACAAGUCAGCCAAUUAGAGGCCAAGCUGACUUAACUGGCAAGCAGGUGAAUUGAUACUGUUCAUGAGGAGGCUAAAGGUCAACCUCAGCUCUAUCUAUUUUACUCAUGGUAGGUCGGCCUCAUGGCUUCAUGUCAGGUUGAGUCUGCGUUUUCAAUAUGGUGACUGUUAAGGGCAGGCGUCUAAACUCUGCUUCAAGGGUCUUUACCAAGACUACAUCAAGGUGUUGUACAGUCUGUGAUUUAAUCCUGACUGACAUGAGCCGUAAGCAUCUCCACACCUUGCUGCGCAGGGCUGCACUGUGCACUUUCAUCCUCAUGGGGCUAAAUCUAAUCUAUAUAAAUGAAGAGCUGGAUGGACUGUGUUUAGUUUUACCAUUCAAGUCGAGACAUAUGUGACACAAAUUUUGCAAUGUACAGCUAGUUUACCUCCUGAAGUGCAAAGAGCAGCUCUUACACAUGACAAAAAAGACUGUAUGUACAGGGGUAGACUCAGAGACAGCCACAGACUUAUUUAACUCCUCAUUCUUAUAAAAACGGUCAUAUUUGAGUUACAUUAGCAGACAUAUUGUGCAAAUAUAUAAUUCUUAGUCACUCAGAAGUCGAGUUGCUGUCUUUGUUGCGACAGAGUUUGAGUGUGAAAUGCGUAUAAAUGCUCCAACACAAUUACCACCAACUCUAAGCAGAUGGAAAAAAUUUCCCUCUGUGUGGCACUGUCAACGGCAGUGAUUUAGGUGUUUUUGCUAUGAGGCUCAUUUGCAUAGAAAAGGCCAUGUUUUUGCUCCAAAUGAAAGCAUGUGGGCUCAUUUAAAUGUAUGCAAACAGCAAAGAAGCACAGGGACAGUAUUUGCUCAACAAUGCACUUUGUGGAGCACUUCCUCCUGUGCACAUGCUAUGAUGAGGUCUUGAUACUGAUGAUCCUACUUGUUGGUGUAUCAGAUAAAUCAGGAAACAUUACUAGUUUCAGGUCAUUUUGUACAAGCAUCAGUGUUAAAUUAAUUUAGAUUAUUUUUUUAAAGAAAUAACGUACUUUUUGUUGACAGUGUCAUGAAAGAUUUGCAACUUUUUCAGGUUCUGUAUUCAGUUCACAUAUGAAGUUUCCUCUAGACUGCAGUGUCCUCUUUUUAAGACUUCCUAACUGUCACAGUCAAAGGCACCCUGCCCUUGUUCUCUGCACUAAAUCCCCAUGUGUGUUGUGUGUCUGUGUGUCAACAGAGUGUGCCAGCAGCAGGCGGCUAGUGGGGACAUUCCUAAGUGUGUGUGCUCUCACCGUGCUGUGUGGACUGGUGGUGGUGGCUGUGUCCCGGCUGCUGCUGCAGACACGAGGGAAGUCAGCAGGGGGCGCCUCUGUGGAUGGCGGUUACAUCUGCACUGGGAAGGUAAGCUCUUAAACAUCAAGGUAAACAUUUGCACAUCAGGGUUAUUAUGUAAGGCAGGCUUGCAUGGUCCUACAGCCCUUUGGAUGCACUGCUUUCCGCUUUUUUUCACGUUUGUCCCCUGAAACCAGGAGUAGAAAUCUGAGUCUGCUGUUACAGAUACAGCUGCACUUUAGAUUUCCUCCCAACUCCCUGUUCAGCACCCACAGAGUCCAGAUUUGUGAGUUUACAGUGACGUACGGCACCUUUGAGGAGGGGGGAAUAAUGGAAAUUUCAUCAAGGAUUGGGGGAGAGUAUGCGGGUGUUCUGUAUGACAGAGUUUGGGUUAAUCACAAAUUGGGAAAUCCCCCUCAUUAAUUAUUGAUCCUUAAACACAAAUUAUCCACAUGAUACUACUGGUAAUGUAUAAUGCAUCUGCUUGGAUUUGAUUCCAGACAUUUUUUACUCCCUGUUUAUGACCAUUAUGUAACUGCAUAUCCUGAAAGCUUACUUUCUCAAAUGUAUCAGCAUCUGCAUUAAUGAUUUCUGACAUUUCUCUACUGGCUUAUAAUACAGGCUGCUUUGAGCCACUCCUAAAAACAGGCUCUGCACGUGCUCUAAGUUGGCUGCAAACCUUAAACACUGACCAACUGGUCCCAAACUCUGACAAAUACUCCCAUUGUGCAUGCAAAAGUCUACACAACAAGGCUAUGUGAACCAGCAGCUAAAAAAUGUAAACAGUAAGCAAACAGAUGUCAGAUACCAUUAGAUCCUGUCUGAUACUGUCAGCAUGCCCUGAGUUUUAAGUAAUUCAUAAAGUUUUGUUGCUGUGUCUUUGUGCACAAAUGUUUACAUGUCUGUUAAAGCUACUGUGAGGAGUUUUUUGACAUUUAUAUAACAGCCUGAAAUUCAUAUUAAUGUCUUUUCAUGACAUCCGAAAGGAAACGAGACCAUCAGUAACAAGACUGACAGUUUCUAUGUUGUCAUUUUUGAUGCCUUAAAAUGGUGUGUGUGUGGGUGGGUGUCAGCAGAGCAGCUGAGGAAACUGCCCUGGUUUUUACAGUUUCAACAUCCAUAUUCGGAAUAAAUUAAACAUUUGACUGUCAAAAAUCAGCAGGGUGAGAUUUUUAAUUAGGCGAUAUUUAUGCAUGUAGAGGACAAAUCAAGCAAAGACGGCUUUAUCCACAGGGGGCACUGAGUUUGACACAAACUUAAAGGUCUUUGCAGGAGCUUUUAUUUGGAAAGCUUCUGCUGUGCAGCGAGAUUGUUUCUGUGGAUUUAAGGUCAACCCAUGCAACAGUAUGACUCAUAAGGUGAUUUGUGAGUGCUUUCUGUGUUUGUGAAGGCACAGGAGAUUGAGGGAAGUUAGGCAUGCUGGCUCGAGGCCAGUCCAAUCAAGUAGAAAGGUUCAAAUCUGCUGUGUAAAAACGAAUGCACCUGUCUGCAUGCGCACCUGACCCUUAAAGGGAAUGAGGGCAGACACAGUGAUUGGCCUGAUGCCCGAAACAAACCUAUGAAUAAUCAAAGAACUUAUUACAACCUCUUUUAGCCUCACUUAGUGUCUGGAUUUUGCCGUAUAUAGGAAAACAUGGUCGGAUGCACAGUCACUCACUCUGCACCAUCUGACAUUUACCUUUAAAACAUCUCUCAUUUUAAAAUAUCAACAGAUGCAAACAUUUAUUUGUGUUUCCUUCAACUUUUAGGACUUGUCAUACAUCCCGACCACUAACGAGAAGACAGUGACCUACAGGAGGGACCGCCCCCCUGACCGCCCCCUGGAGAUGCACAUCCAGGUGCCCAAAAUGCCCCUUGGUGACCCCUGGCAAUUCUAGGACAGAGGAGAGACACAAAGACUGAGAGAGAAAGAGAGAAAAGCUUCUCCUCUUCUUCCUAACAUUCAUCAAAGUUCAACCAGCUACGCGUGGAGACUGAUCGUGGUAUUAUCUUUGUAACCUCCAUGGAAUCAGAUUUUUAAAUGAAAUCCCUCAUAGACUGCGUGACAAGUGUGGCCAGUAUCCUGGAAAUCAAGAUGAAACCAAGAGCACAAAUCCCCCACCUCCUCUUCUUCCUCUGUGGCAGCAGGGCGGCUGCUCCUUUUCUCACAGGGUAAAGGGUGAUACAUUCUUGCUUUUUUAGCCACACAGCGGUUACUGCUCUAACUUAUUGGUGUGUGAGAGCGUGUUUGUUUAAGUAUGUGAGAGGGAUGGGUGCAUUCGCUGUGUUUUUGCUUUUUAUUUAUGAGCUCUUAUAGUGAAAACACUACAUGCCAGAAACUGAUUUGAGCGACACUCCAACACUCCCUGUCUUAGUCUGCCCUCUUGUGGUCAGUGUGAGGUACGACAUGUUCCUCUGAUAAUACUGUCUGCACUGACCUCAGCUGUAAUUCCUCUUAUUUUAACCCACAAAGCACACCAAUGAGUCUGUCCUUUUUUACUCCGGCUAGUUUUUCUGGUCAUUAGUGGGGUACUUUGUCUUCUUGUGAUCUUAAAUGUUACAUUUUGGUUUUGUUUACUGAUCAACUACAUUGCGAGUUACUGUUAAUGUAUUGUAUUUCUGUCAUUUUCAGUGUGUGUAUAGUUUCAUAUGAUUGUCAGUUUGAUGAUCUGGUUAGAUUUGCACUUGAACUUUGAUUUUUGCAUUAUACUACUGAAAACGGUGGGGUCUGCAGGAGCAGGAGGAGCUGUAACGGUGGGUUUAAUGGUUGGUUUGCUAUAAGUCGGGCAUUAUGAGGCAUUUAAAGCUAAUGUAACAAAUCCACAACACUGGAAUAACACAUAAUGGGCUGAAAACUGGAAACCGCAUCAACAUGUGGACUCUUUAACAGAUCUAGAACUGUCUGCAUGCAGCUGCUGAUCAUACCAGACUCAUUCUAGUGGGAACAAAAAAAGGUACGAAUUAGCUCCAACUCAUCAAACCAGAGGUCGACUUACAUCCCUCAUGCACUAGAUUCUCUAAAAAUGCUAAUUUCAUGGCGUCUUGGGAGACUUUUGCUCACCCAAUCUUGUUCCUCUUUGAUUUUUAUUUAACACAAUGUUGUUUACAGCAAAACCUGCUCUAUUUUAAUGUAAGUCAGGAACACUAAUUAUUAUUUAUUUUGAUUUUUUUCUCAUUGUAUUUAUGUUGUUUUAUUUUAUGAUAAGGUUACUUUGGUUACACAGUAGUUAGUUGGUACUGUUCGUGCUAAAUAAGAGCGCUCUCUUUAUCUCUAACCAUGAAAAUCAUUCAGCAAUAAGUGAAUCUCAUCUCAGCGGACAUAGAGUCCAGAGUAACAGCGGCACUUUUUUCUUGUAGUGUGAUGUCAAUCGACGUGACUAGUUGUGUAGCAUGAAUGUUAUCCUCACAAUAAAAAUGACUGAGAUUUUUCUUUUUUAACCAUCAAGUCCUUGAG